AUGUCACGAAAACUAAUAUUAUUUUUAUUUCUGUUUGGAUUUGUUCAAUCGAAUUCUCUCCUAUCGAGAUAUUUUCAAGAACAGGAUGGGGAUCCAAUUCAACCAGCUGAUCCUUUAGAAGAUUCAAGAGUUUCAGAUGCCGAUGUCGGAAUGAAAUCAGUUGGUUUUUGCAACAAUAAAAAUUUUUUUGAAGAAAGGUAAACAUUUUUCAGGAACGAUUUAUUGGAACUUUUGGAAAUCGUCCGAUUGAAACACGACAGGAAAAUACUUUUAUUGAUCAAGAUGGGUUAGUUUUUUAAACUUUUGGGGGAACAACUUCUGGAUCAAGGAAAUUUAAAUUUGAUUUUUUCCAAAUUUAUAAUUUGAAUUGAAGAUUGUUUAGCUAUUCAAAUUUCGAUUAUCAAAAAUUGGAACUUUUUUUUAAUUUCAGUGUUCCUGUUCCAAUGCUUCCUUAUGAAAGCGAUGUUUCAAAAUUAAAUCAUAAAUUAUCAUUGCGUGAUAGAUUUAUGUAUCGUUCUCGAUCUCUUGGACCAAAUUAA